UGAAUGGUGAUACAACAAUAAAAAAGUAUGAAAAAGGUCAAUUAUUAGGAAAAGGUGGAUUUGCUAAAUGCUUCUAAAUCCUAAACUUAGAAACGAAAAAAAUAAUGGCGGCAAAAAUAAUACCUAAAAACACUUUAGUAAAGAACAGGGCUAGAUAAAAACUAAUUUCUGAGAUAAAAAUUCAUAAAAGUCUUCACCAUAUACAUAUAGUGAAAUUUGAACAUGUAUUUGAAGAUAAUGAAAAUAUAUAUAUAUUAUUAGAAUUAUGUCCUCACUAAACUCUAAAUGAAUUAAUUAAACGUAGAAAAAGAUUGACUGAAUUAGAAGCUUAAUGCUAUAUUGUUUAAAUUGUUAGUGCUUUGAAAUAUUUACAUUAAAAUCUAGUUAUUCAUAGAGAUUUGAAACUUGGAAAUCUAUUUAUUGGCGAAAAAAUGGAAGUUAAAUUAGGUGAUUUUGGGCUAGCUACUAAACUUGAAUUCCCAGGUGAGAAAAAAAGAACAAUUUGUGGUACUCCUAAUUAUAUUGCUCCUGAAAUUCUUGAUGGAAAAGUUGGACAUUCGUAUGAAGUUGAUAUUUGGUCUUUAGGAGUUAUUAUUUAUACAUUGCUAAUUGGAAAACCUCCAUUUGAAACUUCAGAUGUAAAGACAACAUAUAAAAAAAUAAAAUAAAACAAUUACUCAUUCCCAGAUCACAUAACAAUAGCCCCAAAUGCCAAAAAUCUAAUUUAAAUAAUAUUAGUGGAAGAUCCAACAAAAAGACCAUCUUUGGAUGAAAUAUUAGCCCAUCCAUUUAUUAACAACGGAGUUAAUGUACCUCGUGUUUUGCCAGUUUAGACACUUUAGAAUCCUCCUGACAGUUCUUUCUUGAAAUAAUAUACAUCUAAUAAUUAGUCAUAAUAAAGGCAAAGUUAGUAAUUAGGAAAUACAGAACUUCUUUAUAAUAGUUCAAGAAUACCUCCAAUAAAUAAAGAAAUAUAAGCAUAAUAAUAGUAACAAUAAGGAGGAUUAUAAAAAUGUUAAACAGCUUCAAAUAUUCUUUAAAAAAUGCCUGCAUUAGAUUAAUAAUUAGAUAAAAGAGAUUCUUAACUUGGAAAUAAUAUGUUUUCAAGUAAUGCAAAUUUGUAGAUAAAAAGUACGGGUUUUGAUAGAAUGAUGGAAAAUAAUAAUCAAAUACCUUUAGAUAUAAAAAGUAAUAAUAAUGUUUGGGUUUGCUAACAUGUAGAUUAUAGUUCAAAAUAUGGUCUUGGUUAUAUGCUUUCAAAUGGAUGCGCAGGCGUAUUAUUUAAUGAUAAUACUAAAAUUGUAACUGAUCAUAAAGGAGUUAAUUUCGAAUAUAUUCAAAAAGUUGAUAAUACAGAUAUUAUUUAAUAGCAUUUAAUUAGUGAUUAUCCAAAAGAUCUUAAAAAAAAAGUUACUCUUUUGUAACAUUUCAGAAAUUAUCUUAUGUCUGAAAUUUAAAAAAAUAAUGUUAUACUUAAUAGAAAUAAUGAGAGUAAUUCUUCUAAUUCGGUCUAUUUAAAAAAAUGGAUGAAAACUAGACAUGCAAUCAUGUUUAGACUUUCUAAUAAAAUAGUUUAAGUUUAAUUUGCUGAUAAAACUGAAAUUAUUCUUAAUAGUACUGAAAAAAUUGUAAUUUAUUUUAAUAAAAAAGGAGAAAAAACUCAUUAUCCUUUAGCUGAUGCUAUGUAUUCCACUAAUCAAGAAAUGACUAAAAGAUUAAAAUAUACUAAAGAAAUACUUACUCAUUUACUUGCAAAUAAUAUGAAAGGAUAACAAUAAAUUUAAUAAUAAGAAUAAAAUAUUUAAGGUUAAGAUGAUAUUUUUAAGGAUUAAAAAAUAUGA